AACGACUUAACGAAGGAGGAACGCAACUCUGUAGCACAGACAGGAAGUAAAGAAAAAUGGCUCAACAAAAUUUUCAAGAAUACGAUCCUCUUGAUGAUUAUGCUCGAAGGACGAAUUCUUAUCGGUAUUUUUCCUCCAAUUAUGGAGAAAAUCACCCUGGCACACAAGCAACACAUCCAGGUAAUGAAGAGUCUUCCUCUUCAUGCAACUCAUCGCCUGUCAGGAAUGAAAAUAGAAACAGCCAACUGAUGAACAACAGCAUGGCAUUACAGGAGGGCAAGAUGGUCACUCACCAAGUGAGCUACAAUGACACAGGUCAGAGACUCCCAGGGUUUGGAGAACCAAGCCCCAGGCUAGCUGACUCAGCCAUGGGGUUCGGAGAUGUACUUCAGAAUAGAGCUCCCAUGUCACCUAGCCACAGAAAAUCUCUCACAUCACUUCAUCAUUCCGAAACAGAGGUUUGGGAUAUAAUGGUUUUUGUGGAACCUCCCAGUAAAAGUUUGUUCUGCAAGAUGUGCAAUAAAGUUUAUAAGGACCCUGUGAUGGUCACAUGUGGGCACUCCUACUGCAAAAGAUGUGUAACAAGACAAAGUGAAGGAACAUGUCCAAUAGACAACCAGACAAUAGCGGUCGUCGUCGCUAACAUCGCUGUGUCGGAACAGAUCGGGGAGAUGUUUAUUCACUGUCGGCAUGGCUGUCGACUGUCAGAGGACGGACAGACCUACGAACUGGAUCCAACCCGCUGUCAGGCCACUGUCAAAGUCGCCACCAGAGGGGAACAUGAAGAGGGUUGUGAUUACAUGAUGGUCGAGUGUCCGAAUCACGCAGGCUGUCCACAGUUACUGAGAAAAGACUUAGAAGAUCACAUCAAAACCUGUUGUAAUGUCAAGUGUCCUCACCACAAAUACAGUAGCUGUGAGUUCACUGGAACACAGGAGGAACUAAAUAUACACCUCAAGAUGUGUAAGUACGAGGGCAUGAAGGACUUUCUGGGUCACAUGGAGGAGAAGGUGGGAGAGCUUCAGGAAUCUCUGGAGGAGAAGGACCAGGAAAUCAACUUCCUGCGAUCCAUGCUCGGGAAGCUGUCCGAGAGACUGGAAAACUUGGAAAAAACAGCCGAGAUCAAACUAGAAAUUAUUGAACGGAAUCAAAGUAAUUUACUCAAUGAAGUCGUGGAAAAUCGCAAGGAGAGGGCUCUUCUCAUGGAUGAACUUUCGAACAUACAAAAUCAGUUGAAUGGACGAAAUGUGGUGCAAGGAGUCUAUGAUCCACAGCAAAUGUUUAGAUGUAGAGGAACUUUUGUUGGACACCAGGGGCCUGUUUGGUGUCUAACAGAGUAUGGAGAGUUCUUAUUCAGUGGUUCGUCUGAUAAAACAAUAAAGGUUUGGGACACGGGAAACAACUACAGAUGUCUGAAAACAAUGGAGGGCCACACAGGCAUUGUACUUGCCCUGUGUACCUGUGGUAACAAACUGUACAGUGGGUCACAGGACUGUAGGAUAAUGGUCUGGAAUAUUGAGAACUUUGAGAAGGAAAAGUCAGUAGAAGCUCAUGAGAAUCCUGUAUGUACUCUGACCUCAGCCAAAAACAUGUUGUUCAGUGGAUCCCUGAAGGUUGUCAAGGUUUGGGAUGCUCAGACAAUGGAGCUUAAAAAAGAACUGACUGGGAUGAACCACUGGGUCAGAGCUCUUGUGGCUACCCAGAAUUACCUGUACAGUGGCUCCUAUCAGACCAUAAAGAUCUGGGACCUGGACUCACUCGAGGUUGUACAUAAUCUAGAGACGUCGGAGGGCAGCGUAUACAGCCUAGCCGUCACAACCCACCACAUCCUGUGCGGCACCUACGAAAAUGUCAUCCAUGUGUGGGAGCUUAGUUCGAAAGAAUUGGUUGUGACCUUGAAAGGUCACACGGGGACUGUUUACAGUAUGGCUGUCCUUCACACUUCCUCAGGAACCAAAGUGUUCAGUGCUUCUUACGACAGAUCACUAAGAGUAUGGAGCAUGGACAAUAUGAUUUGUACACAGACAUUACUAAGACAUCAAGGCAGCGUGGCAUGUUUAGCCGUUUCUCGUGGUAGAAUUUUCUCUGGAUCAGUGGACAGUACAGUAAAGGUGUGGCAAUAAAAGAGAGUUGUGACAGCUGUUGUGACAUGUGGAUGUGAAUGCCAACUGUCUUUGUUUGUGAUAGAAUUAAUGUGAUAUAACAUUUAAUGUUACGUAUGUGUGAAAAAUAUACAAUUUGUAUGGGGCUUGCACUAUAUCUUUUGUGUAUUCAAAUAUUUUGUAAAUAAACAUUUUAUCAAAUAAC